ACGUGUGGAUCAACGUCUGGUUUUCUUCCUACCUUCCAUACCUACAAUCGCUUCCUGGCCUUCUUUUCAUUUUGUUCAUGAAGCGAUAGACAAUGGAGACCGAAUUAAUUGAGCUAUUCGACGCCGUGAAGAAGGCGGCGGAUGCCGCAGCGCUUGGAGCGGGUGGUACGGAUUAUUUGCCGGAGGAAGAUCGGUGUCUUGAUGCUUUGAAAGUGCUUAAGAAGUUUCCUGUUAACUAUCAUAUUCUUGUUUCCACUCAGGUGGGGAAGCGUCUUCGCCAGUUAACAAAACAUCCAAGAAAGAAGAUUCAGUCACUCGCCUCUGAACUGGUUGAGAUUUGGAAAGGUGUAAUUGUUGAAGAAACAUUGAAGAAUAAGAAAAAUGGCAACAUGGACGUCAGGGAAUCUCCAAAAGAAAUGUCCGAAAAGAAAGUUGAUAGGGUCAAUUCCAUCAAGGCCGAGAAGGUUUCAAAGACGGAGAACGUGAAAAAUGGUCAUGGUGGCCCACCAAUUUCUUCUGAAAAAAAGGUUAAUGUUGUCAAGGCCGAAAAGAAAGAGGAUAAACUAACUCCCGAGGCAAAGAAACCUUCAACAAAUGCCGUUGCUCCCCUGAAGUUGACAUCUCUCGUUUAUUGCAAGGAUCCUGUACGUGAUAAGAUUCGUGAACUUCUUGCAGAGGCAUUGUGCAAAGUUCCCGGGGAGGCUGAUGAGGAGUUGAGGGAUGAAGCGAAUGCUUGUGACCCUUAUAGGGUUGCUGUAUCUGUCGAGUCUGCGAUGUUUGAAAAGUGGGGCCGAUCAAACGGGGCCCAGAAAUUCAAAUACAGAUCGAUAAUGUUCAAUAUUAAGGAUCCAAAAAAUCCAGAUUUCCGAAGGAAAAUACUUCUUGGGCAUGUGAAACCAGAAAGGAUUCUGGAAUUAACACCUGAAGAAAUGGCAAGCACCGAAAGGCAGAUGCAGAAUGUGAAAAUAAAAGAGAAGGCGUUAUUUGAAUGUGAACGUGGGGGUCCUCCAAAAGCCACCACCGAUCAAUUCAGGUGUGGUCGUUGUGGGAAAAGGAAGUGCACUUAUUAUCAGCUGCAAACUCGGAGUGCUGAUGAACCUAUGACAACAUUUGUAACGUGUGUCAACUGCGAUAAUCAUUGGAAGUUCUGUUGAGGGAUUCAAGUAACUUUUCUGACAUUAAAAGCUGCAGCUGUGAGCGAUGAUCGUAAAUGGUGACACAAUACGUGAUGGCUAAACAGCGUUUUAUGAACAUUAAGGUUUGUUGCUUUGCGCCAGCCAUUAUUUUUCAUGUUGAACUAGUUAUAUUCUUUCAUUUCCGGUUUUAGAGGUAUGUUGGUUUCUUAAUUGCUGUUAGACACAGGAUUUCAGUCGCAUUUUUUAUGCGCAGGCAUGAGGCCAUUGUGGCUGUAACCAAUAGUUUAGCGUCUUUCUUAAACGUUUAGUUGGGUCACUUGUUUCGAUGUAUGCUUAUUUUCUUGGUGGU